AGCACAUAACGAUUCAUAUAUACAAGACGCAGACUCAGCAAUUGCUUACUUUUCGAACCUGUGCUAUCUUACGUAUCGCUUGAAGUUGAUUAUUAGUUUUUAGUAUUCUUGUGUGUUGAGUCAUAUCAACCAAACUGAACAGCAAAACCCUGAAACGCAAAAUGAUGGAAACCAUGUCUCUUAAUCCGGAACAGUUUUACAAACCUGAAAAGAAGGACGAGAAACCUCAGCUGAAACUCAACUUGAAUCUCGGCAUGGAUGAUCGAUGGAACUCUGUGCAUCUUUCAUCUCCCGACCUCAAAAAGAUCGCUAUCAAUACACCUGAGCUAGAGAAGAUGGCAUUCAACAGCUUGAACAACUACAGCACCUCAAUGCCUCCCCCGUAUUCUUCACAUCACGAUGAUGCGCCAGUCCAAGGACCCACCCUUGUCGAAGAAGACCCAGAUCAAGUUUCCAGAGGAUUCAUCGCCGCUCUCAGAGACAUUCACAACCAACACGAUUUCAAAUCUGAGACCUUCAACAUCCCAGCUACAGUUGCUGGCCCCGCUGUCUCCUACGCCGGAGAAAACCCUUACUCCAAACCUCAGAUCCCAGAGUGCUCGCAGAGCUGGCCCAACUUCUCAGUUCCAGUGUCUAACUACAACAGCUACACCCAGCUCCACCAGCCCCAGUACAUCUCCAGCCAGCCUUCCUACAUGCCCGAACAGCUGCCUCAGUACGAUCUGCCCGAGUCAAAGCUUGACUCCUUUAUCCCUGACCCAUCCCAGAUCGACAAGCUCAACCUGACGACUGCCCAGAAGCUGAACAUCUACACCCAGAUUCCAAUACACGAGGUUGCAGAUCCAGAGCUUCAGGAGCGACUGAAGAGUGAGAGAAAGAAGAUGAGGAACAGGAUCGCAGCCAGCAAGUGCAGAAAGAGGAAGCUCCAGAAAGAAGCUGAACUCGAGGACAAAGUGAAGAUUCUGAAGAAGAAGAACGGUGAUCUCUCGACCCAACUACAGGGAUUGAGGGAAGAAGUUAAAGGAUUGAAAGUAAAGAUUAUGUCCCACGUUCAUGCUGGGUGCAACAUAAAGCCCUUCUCUCUGAACGUAACGACGACAGACAGUGAAAUGCCGCCCACCUCACAGCGUACCCUCAAUAGUAUGGUCGGAGUGACCACCCCAGUCGGCAACGGAGCCCUACCUAUCGGACAUUCAGCGGCAACGACGCCCGUUGUCAGCUUACCUAGCAUGCAUCUGGUGUAAUGUUUUAACGUGAUUUUAAUUUAUUACUGUACCAGCCUCUGUGAUGGGAGGUUGAAUUAACACUGAAUAGGUGCAUUCUGUUGCCAUGGUGGCACCUGCUUGUCGUCAUGGUAACCCAGUUUUCAUGCUGAACAAAGAGAAAGGGACUAAUAUCACGCGGUCUGAAAUAUUUGCUUUAUAUUGUGAGCGCUCGAGACGUGUUGUACUCUCUAUUUUUAAUUUUGUAGAUUUGUGAUGCUAAACAAAUGGUACCCUCUCGAACUCCAAAUAUAAUAUAUGAUAUAUAUGUCGGCUCUGUGAAGAGCAGCUUGGCUAUUCCAGAAUGAUAAACCUUGAACGAUUUCCUUUGUCAGUUAUUUUUGAAAUCGAUCUUUUCCUCGAGCUUGUCUCCAUGGCAACUCGUACAUCUGGAAUAGUAGGCUGUCUUACAACUGAUUAUAAUGCAGUGGUGGUAAGAUGUUGAAGCCACUUUGAUCUUGAUAUACAUAUCUUCAUGAAGGAAGAAUUACAUUGAUUUAGAACCAUUUUCCAGAUUUGAGGACAGUCCCGGACCCAGAAUAUUAAUUACUGAUUUGCAACUAUUUGUACUAUUUGAACAGAUUUGUGUACAUUUAUCGGCUGAUUGUUAUUUUUGAGAAAAAUUUUUGGUUGAAAGUAAGACGAUAUAUUUUGAUCAUAAUUUUUGCCAUUAUAAAAUUUCGAAUUUCGAAUUGAGAGAAUGAAAUAUCACGUAGCACGUGUGUAAGUGUCUGUGUGUUUGUGAGUGUGUUUGAGUGUGAGUGGUAAUCUUGUUUUCCCCGUGUUUUGUGUGUGUUUGCAAACAAAAACUCCCAAGUAAAGCUGCACAGUGCCCGAGUCACAAUUAUUACACAACACGUUUUCUUUCCGAGCUCUCGUCAUUACGACACAUUCCAUCGCUAAUCAAAUCAUUUCGUCCCUCUGAAUAUUGUGACCUGGUGCUACCCGGGCACUGUAAUCCCCUGCCGGCCUCCCGGCAAACAAAGCAUAAAACAUAUUCCGGCAUGCUCCUGGGAUUGUUUAAUCCCACGACGGAGCACUAAACUUACAAGAGGUAGGGGCUAUUCUGCUCCUACUGAUCACCCGUUAUUAUAGCCUGAAAUCCUGUUAGCUCCGUUUUUAAAGAUUUGCUCGACUACAGCUCCCCAUGGGACACAUGAUUGGAUUUUGCAGCUCGGAAUCAGGCUAUAUAAGGGAUUAAACUUCUGCAUUGUGAUUUAUGUGGUUGUAGAAAAAAAAAACAUGCCACUGCUGCCUAGCACCCUAAAUAAUAAAGCUUGUAACUAAAGCUGCAGCAUUUAACAAUUCGCUGCAACAUUAUAGCUGAGCGAAUUUGUAUGAGGGAUUCUGUGCCGCUCUAAUAAAAACAAACAUUUUUGUCUGUUGAAGUGUGUGUGUGUGUUGUAUUGUGAAGUUUGACCCAACAAAAAUAUUGUGUGAGCUGCCUGCUACGCUGAAAAAUAGUUAAAAUGUCACCAGCUUUUGUAUUCUAUCCAGCUGAAAAUUAUGAUCAACAAAACGUUCCUAUAUUUUUAUAUUACGUCGAUGUUUUCUACACAUUAUGCCAGAUUUUUUGAAGUGCACCCAUGCAUAAUUACGAUUUAAAUACCCAUUGCUCAUGCUAUCCGCACAGUGCCAUAUUUUUUAAUUUUGACUAAAAAAUAAGCAAGCUGUAUUUACUUGUUAUGUUAAUUUAACCGCACCUUUCAAGACAUUCUCAAAAUAUAUUUUACGCAUUUUGAUUUCUUCAUAUGGCUAAGAAAAAUGCUGAGAGCUUAUUAAAGCUGUUAUUGUUAACAUGUAUUUAUGGUUAAAGAUGUUAUUUGAAUUUGUGAUUUUUACUCCAUGAUAUGUGAUGAUAAUGAUAUGUUGUGUACUUUUUUUUGAGGAAAACGGCAGUUUCUAAUAUAUUUUUACGAAAAAAAACUGAUUAUCAGUUCUGAAAAAACAAAUCCGCAUGAUGCUCCCACCAUGAAAUAUUAUGAACAGUUACUUUCUGUGCCUAGCAGUAUCUUUUUCCGAUCUGAACGUUUCCCGGAAGUAUCUUGCAAUGUUUUUUAUCGUGGGCUUAUAAUAACCAUGAGUGACUUACAGGAAUAUUGUGUGAAUAUAUUAGACGGAAUAUUUUGACAGAAAAAUUACAUUGUUACCAUAUAUUAUGUGCUGGAACACUUGUGACAUUUAA